AUGUCGGCACUGGACCGCGGUACGACCACGCUUGUCAUCAGGAGCAAUGCUAAGAUUAACUACGACGGCAUCCUCUUCAUGCUGGACAAGUUCUGCGGGGGCACGCGGGCCUUCGACUUCGUGUAUUUGCCCUGGCCGAAGUUGGCCAUAAUCAACUUCGUCAGUCAGGAGCAGUGCGCGGUAGCUCACUGCAUUCUCAGCCGGAUGGUGAGUUCGGAAUCCAGUGGCCUCCGCUACGUGAAGCCGGCUGUCUUCCAAGGUUUGGGACCAAAUUUGGCUCUCUUCUGCGCGAAAUCUGGAUACGAUGCCAUCCAGGACCCAGGUGCUCCUCGAAUCUUUGUUGCUGGCACUCCUGUGCCGCUGAUGCUGGCUGUGAAUCUCUAUGUCACAGCGGAGCUCCUGCAAAGGUCCCAGGCCCAGAACGUGUCGCCAGAUGCCGAUGGAGACAGCGGGCGCCCCCAAAUGGAUGCUGGUUAUGAGCGGACGAGAGGUUCCGAGGUCCCGUCUCAGAGGCCUUCGCUGCCGUCGUGCUCUUCAUCUCUGCCCACGCUGCUUGCAGACUCCCCUCCAAGAGCCUUGCCACAUGCUCCUCCGGCGUGCGGCUUCGAAGUUUUGUCUCAGUUCUGUGUAUAG